CUGAAAUCAACCUUCUUCAUCCUGCGGGAGGCGGAAAAUGGCGUGGCUGUAGACUACGUAGCUUGGAUUGCGUAUCUUGCGAUGGACGACGACGAGAGCCGAGAGGUGUUGGAGCUUUUGCAGAGGAAGGACCGCGAGAUCCACGCGCUCACCGACGCCAAGGCGCGCCUCGAGGAGAAGGUCGACGCCAUGCGCUGGGACCUCGAGCUCGCGCAGGGCGGCUUGGACUACAGCGCGGCCUUCAACACGCAGCUGCUCGCGUUUGAGGCGCAGCUUCAGGAUCUGCGCACCAAGACGGACCUGGCGCUGCAGCCACGCCAGAUCGCACCAGACACGCGGCAAGCCAUGGCGCUCGAGCAGCGGCUGCAGCGAGGCGAGACCACGGACUCGCUCUUGCACCAGCGCCUCCACAGCAUGUUCCAAGCCAACUGCGAGCUCAUCCAGCGCUUCUCGCGGCCGUCUUGCCGUGAGGUCGCCGUGCAAACAGCCGGCCACCAACGCGAUCGCUUUGUUGCGACGGAGGCUACGUGCUGCGACUGCGCGACGCAGCUGCAGCAAGCGACCGACGAGUUGCGGGGUCUCCGCGCCGCUGCGCUUCUUUCGCAGCUCGCUGCACCUGGCGCGCGCAAGGCGCGUUCCUCGUACGUGCACCCUGCACCAGACGAUCUAUUGACAGUAUCACUGCGCUGUGACGAUGCCACGUCACGCCCAACGGCCGAAGUUGAGGCCGAGCUCGACCGACUUCGAGAGUCGGUCGCGCGCUACACCACAGAGCUAAAAACGCGCACCGAGGAGCUGCAGAACGUCCGCGCCGAUGUCAUCAUAGCAGCCAAGCUUCACCAACACCGUGAGAAUGCGCUACGCAUGACGCUGGCGGACGUGGAAGCGCAGCUUGUCGCAUCGCGUGCGCAGUGCGAGGACGCCGAGCGUGCCAAGCUCGAGAUCAUUCACCAAGCGACGCAGCUCGUCCAGGCGGCCGAGGCCGAGACCGGCACGGCGCUCAACAGCCUCGAUGCGUUCAACCAGAUGCAACUGCGCCCGUGGAUCGACGUGGCACAUGGCGACCGGACCGCCAAGUACACACUGCAGACUACGCUGGCGGCCGCCAACGACAAGAUUGUCGAGCUACAAGCCGACGUGGCGCUCGAGAUGGCAGCGGCGCGGGAGCUGCGGGCGGAUGCAGAGGUGUAUGCAACGCAAGCGGUCGAGUGGAGUGCGCUGAGCGACGCGUACGAGCACGUCCAAGCCGAGCUCCAGGCGCGCGUCCGAAGCCUCUCGACUGCGCUCGCCCAGGCCCUGUCCUCGCGCGACGCGUCCGUCGACUGGGCAGCCUUGGUCCCACAGUUGCUGGCGCAGCCGUCGCCCGCGCCGCAGUAUCCCCCCAAGGAGGUGCUGGGACCCGACAGGGCGCACGUCUGCUCGUGGCAGCGCCAAGCGGCGACAUGGCGUCAAACGCUGCACAGUAGAGAGCUGGCCCUACAGGCGCUGCAGGACCAGCUGCAUCAACAGGCGGCCAACAGCAGUGCGCUCGACGCCAGCAAAGCAGCCAACAGCGCCUUGCGCAAGAAGGCAGCGACGGCCAAAGCCGAGGUCGAGACGCUCAAGGCGGCCGCCGAGACGGCCAAGUCCAAGACGACAGCGCUGCAGCGAGAAAAGGCCGAGCUGAAUCAUAUGGUCUCACGGCUGCGGGAAGAGAAUGCCAAGCUUCGCGACAGCGCGCAGCGCAAGUCGGAGCUCGUCACGUUCUACAAAAGCGCAGCGGAAAAGGCAAAGCAUCAACACGACGUCGCCCGCCCACCCCCGGCCUCGAACCAGGCGCCAACGGCCGCCAAAACCGCGCUCAUCAAGCACGUACGACGUGUCUUGUUGAAUCGAGUAGUGCACCGGUUGUAUGGUAGCUUCAAGAGCAGCUUGCGGUGCGCACGAAGGACGCCGCCGCCACCAACGACGUACUGCAAAAGGCGCAAGCCCACAACCACGUUCUUUCGAGUCGGUGCGGACGCCUCCAGAUGGCGCUACGUGACAAGAUGUCGUCACAACACCGACAAGACGAGGACGACGAUAAAGACACGGGCGGAGACGACGCGACAAGCGGUAUCCAGGCGCAGCUUCGCGAGUGCAAGCGACGCCUGCAGCAGAAGCAGAGCAUUCUGGACGGCUUCAAGGCCAAAGACGCGGCGCAGAAGGACAUGCUUGCGACGUGCACGAGGCAACUCGACCAGCUGCGCGCGCAGCUGCAGAGCCACUCGACCGACGCGGCCAACCUAGCGGCUCUUCUCGCGCAGUUCGACGGACUCCGCGCCAGUGUAUAUGACGCGGUACAUAGCGCGUUCGCCUUCCGAUCGAAAAAAGGGGACGACGUCGACGGCGUGUCGGUCUCGGACCUGCGCGCUGUCGGGUGCACCGCCUUGGACGAGACAGAGAUUACGCUUUUGCGUAGCGAUAACAUCCAGCAGCAGGUGCUAAGCGGACUCGAACUCGCGCUCGAAGUGUCGCCAGAGGACUGUCGGCGCGCGCUCCUCGACGCGCUCUUGGAGCUCCGCCAUGCUGGAUCGGCCGGUAAAUUUUGAGGGUUGAGAGGCCUCUGCCCUAAUCUCUACCAUUCACUGCAAUACGAUUGGUUAAAAUGUGCCAAUCAUCGUGCCGUUUCACGUUUCC